AUGAAAGCAGAAGAUAUAGGAUCUCCACAGAGGAAACUCUCGACAACUCAACUCAGUAAAAUCGAGAGUCCAAUCUCAUCGAGGAUCAAACUUAGCGGUAUAGGGAAGACGCGUAAAAUCGCGGGAAAGAAUGCAACCUCGGUGCUUCUACAACAACGUCAAACGUUUCGCGUGAUGGACGACAACGUUGACGUCACGCCAAAGUUACUGACCCAUCCAACAUAUAGCUCGAUCGACGAGAAGCACGUAACCGCGUUCGAAACGAUUGGAUUGUCCUCGACCGGUAGCGUCGGCCAACUGUCCUCCAUUUCCGGUUGGAGCUCUAUAAAAAGAAGUUCGUCCAUGGUCAUCAGAACGUCUUCACUUCCUGCUGGCUCUAUAGUAGCGGAUGAUACGCAAUUCGAAAGUUUAUUGUCCACACAGACGGAUGAAAGUUUAAAUGGCGAAGUAGAGAAAGCUCCUUCUCAAUUUUAUUUGCCUAGCGAUGAUCCGAAUAUUUUUCCCACUCGACCGGAUACCGUGACGAUCACGCUCAAGGAAACUGAGACGUUUUUCAUUUUUGGGAUGCAUCCACGGACAGGCGACGUGCACAGCGCAGAAGGCGUGGCCAUUAAAGAGGAAAACGAGAGUUACGAGUACAAAACGGUUGGACCCGGUUCGAACCGGAAAUUGAUAGAAGGCGAAACGCAAACUAUACAAGUGCUGACGAGGUCACGAGGAACACAUCUGGGCAGGAGGCCACGUAGGAAUAGGGGCAUGUUCGUGAACAAUUGGGUGGUAUAUGACACUUAUGCUGCGCCGGAGUUGAUGAUCGAGAAGAAUGGUUUGCUUGUAGUGCACAAGAAGAAAUCUAUAGAACAAAUGUCAGAAGCGGAGACCUUGAAGUCCAGACUUCCAAAAUCACAAACGGCUGAGGACACGUCCAUCGAGCAGGAACAAAUCCGCAUAUUCCAGCGCGCUAAUUUUCAAAACGCCAUGCGAAUAAUGGAGCGUAUAAUAUCCAACAAUAUUUUUAUCCACGCGCAGAAGCGUUUCACUGGUCUGAUCAAGCAGGAUCCCUGCAGCCUUGACUUAGAAUUCACUUAUAGCCUGGACAUUCUGUGGACUCACACUUAUGCAGAAAGUACAGGCAGGCCAGUGGCGUCUUUUCGCUGGAACUACGUGAAUAGAAGCAUCUUAGCUGUAGGAUACGGCGCAAAAGCAAAUUCAGAAAUAAAAAAUGGUCUGGUGUUAAUUUGGUCUGCGAAGAAUCCCGGGGGUCCAGCUCGUUGGUAUAUUUUCGACAGUCCCGUUUCAGACCUCGACUGGAGUCGAGAUAGACCUAAUUUACUCGCUAUUGGCUUCUACGACGGCGAGAUCAAAGUAAUCGACGUGAGCAGUCAAGACAUCAAUGUCGUACGUCGAAGUCAAAAGGUCACGAAUUCCAGUUCACCACACUGGCAGGUUCAAUGGUGGAUCGGUGACGAGCAAUACGAGUACCAGGAACAAAUUUAUACGUGUAAUCAAUAUGGCUACGUGUUCUGCUAUCGAUACGUCGAAGACUUUACUGCAACGACGAUCAUGAGAAUCUUCCGAAUAGAAGGGACUCUACCGGGCGUAAAUAGAACUGUUCAAUGUAACCUAUAUGAUAUAUCGAUCAAUAGAAGUCCCGGGGCAUUGGUUCUUCGCAAACAUCCUACCUCAAGCACCAUUUAUUUUGUCGGUUCAGACGAAGGUUGCCUCUACAAAUGCUCCACGAAUUAUUUAUAUCAACACAUAGACAGCUUUCUCGCUCACAAUGGUCCAAUUUACGCGAUGAAGUUCUCUCCAUUUUGCCCGAAGAUUUUCCUAACCUGUGGCGCCGACUGGUGCAUACGAAUCUGGGCAGAAGGAUUGACAGAACCACUGAUAACCCUACAUACGGCUAUGGCUUGUGUUAGGUACGCAGCCUGGUGUCCCAUUCACUCCACCAUCAUCGUGAGUAUCGUGAAUAACGAGAUCUGCAUAUGGGACAUCAGACGGAAAACGCACAAACCUUCGUCUGUGACAACGUCACCGAACACCGGUCGGUUCGUUAUGGUUGAUUUCACGGCGAAUGGCAACCAGCUCGUAGCCGCGGACGUGGACGGUAUCGUAUAUAUAUACAGCGUCAUGUGA